AUGAGCCUGGAUAAACAUAUUCGUGAGGCUUCUAAGGUAUGUUCAAAUAUAACAACACGUUCACUAGUAGCCAACCUUUCCACCUUGUGCCCGGAUUUCGAUGAAAUAUUUGCUAUUAAGUCUCUGAAAGCAUCCGUCGCCGAGCGUAUUCAACAGUGUCUCACUCAAAGUGGCAAUAAAGCGGCUAAUCUGUGCAAACAGUGCAGCCCACCAGAGCUGCAGAUGCGACUUCUGGAAGAGUUGUUGAGCAGGGAGGAUUGGAGAGGGUUGAAAGGUAGUUUCCGAGAAGUAUUCUUCGCUUCACAUAAGCUUUCAACUGUACCUCCUUAUGAUAAUUCGUUUACCAACAACAUGGAGGUGAAUAACGUGAAUGUGCUGUCUUUUGGCGAAGACCUCACCAUGGAGGUAGCGAAUGAGGGAGUGAGCAGUCAUUUUCCUUCUUACCUGAACUCUUUGAAAGUUCUAGAAGACGCUCUAAAGGACUCCUCGAGGAAGAAAAGUGCUUCGAUUACCCAAGAUAGAUUAUGCUCCACAAAAGACUCUUUAUCGUUGGGAAGUUCAGAACUGAAUCGUAGGUGGAGUGGGAUAAGGAAGUACGACGGCUCCACUCUUCUUGCUCAUGUCAGCACAUUGCUGGAUCGGUGCCCUGAGGUGUUAUUACAGUUAAAUAAGUGGCACCGAUUCAUCGGUGUCCUCAUCGCGGUCGCAAAAGACAGCCCGAAGGAGGGUUCAAAGGUUGCGCUGCGUUACUUUCGCCUGGCUGGUCCUCAACAACGUGGGGCACUUCUUAUGCAAAUGCUUUCUGACAUUCCUCGAAGUGUGCAGAAGGUGAAAGAACAACAGAUGACAUCCUCAUGGUUUGACUUUUUUUUCUCCUGCAUUCUAAGAUGCAUCGAUGAGCUUCCUGAGAAUUGGCUGGGACUUUUGGACGAUGAAGUGGGGGUACUCUUUUCAUCGUUCCUGAACAAUGUAGUACUUCCUCAAUUGGAAUUUAUUUCUCAAGUGAAUCCUAGUGCACGUUGGGUGCGGAAUUGGAGUCGACGGCCCACGUUUGAACGCCUAGUGAAGGAACAACUUUUGAGCACUCAAGGCUGUCAUAUGACUCUAGUUCAGCUACAGGCAGCAUUUCCCAACCAGUAUGCUCUUUCCUUAGUUGCUUACUUUUUACCUAUUUUGCUGCCAUCGUCAUGUAGAAGGGACGGUACAGUGCUUUGCACUGCUGCACGCGAGAAUUGUUGCGAAAAUUUAAGAGAGUUGCUAAGCGAAUUUAUUAGAAGAAUCAUAGAAGUUCCAGUCGUCCCCCCUUCUGUCCAAUCUCCCUACAAGUUUACCAUUAGCUCUUGUGCGUACCUCUUGUCUCCGACUAAGCUUUGGUACUACAUUCGAUUUAUUAUUUCGAUUAUUCAGUCACUACUGUGCAACAACAAGGUAAAUCAACAGGAGGACACUGAAAGUAGGGUAUGUUGGCUUCUUUCUCUUGCGGAGUGUCUUUUACAUUCUGUAAGAAGUGUUAAGCUAUGCGCUGAUGCUACCUGUAAACCGCUUUUGAUGUUGGUAAAUGUGACGAAAAAUGUAGACUCACGCGCAGUUUCUGAAUCGGCGAGGUCUUUUUGGCAGUCGGUUCUCUCCAGACACUGGAGGAGUGUUUUGGACCAUGUUCUGCCCACGCUUUUGAUUGGUCGAGGUGCAGUAAGUUCUCCUGUAUUCACGCUGGGUCAUUUGGUUUCUAUCUCUCGAGACCUGGAUGGAUGGUUUCACAUCCGCGGGUACUUCAUGCAGCAUGUGGAUGCUGUGAGUUGUGUGGAUGGGGACAUGCUUUUGCACCAUAUUAUUGGGUUAUCUUCUGUUGCUGAAGAAGCAAAGUUUCCACCUCAAUUCGACACGAGUAUAUUUACACUUAUUUCACGAUGGUCAACACACCCUUCUAUUCUGGAGAAGCUUUUAAAAGCUUCGAGGAGGUGUUGUGAGCACUACUUUGGGUUGCCACGCAACGGUGAUCUCUUGAGAUUUUUUUUCUUGCCACCGGGUGGUCUCGAGGUUCCAUCUGAUUUUCAAUUCGUGAAAAGUCCCCUGGAACAAAAUAUAUGCAAGAAUUCCGACUAUUUGAAAGCUUUCUUCCAUAUAAGGGUGUUUUUGUUCUUGAAUCUUAUUUCUCUUGAUGGAAAAGAUAUUGCUCAUAGAAAAUGCAGCGACACUACGGAUACCAUAUUCCCCCUUUUCAUGAAUACGUGUUUAAAUGCAUUUUUAGAUUCCUUUGUAACCACUAAUAAUUCAGUGUCCACAGACGACACACGUCUAUUUUUGCUUUGCCUAGUUUCGCUUGCAUUGUUCUUCUCUUCACAGUGCGAGGAGGCCCUAUGGCACAGUGGGUCUCCUGCUCACCAAAGACUGACUCAGUUAUGUGAUGUUUUCCAGCAGCGCGCCGGCAUUGACCCGCUUUUUAUCGUGGGACGUUUCCUUACUUCUGGCAAAGGUCGUAAACGUUUACUUCCUAUCCUUUUGAAUGGCUUCAACGCGAACUUAACAGUGGACGCCGUACAAACUUUUCAACCUUUUGCAUAUAGGAAGCCCUUUUCUACUCAGUUGCAACCCCUUCAAAUGACGGUGAACACUGACUACGCACUUUUGGUAAUUGAAAAGGCAUUUUCGCACGAGUCCAACGUUAAGAUGCACGAGAACACCUUAGUUGAGUUUAUAUCAUUAUGGGUGCAGGCCUGUAGCGGAAUGGAUAAAGUGCCUACUCCCGAACAUGUUUCUCUUUUACUCCGUAAACGCAGUCUUACGGAGUGGCUUCAUUUUCUUGAUAAACAAGAGCGCGCAGUGUCUGUCGCUCGGGGAGUGAUGGCGUAUGACACUUGCAACCUCUGCCAACUAUUGCAAUCCUUUGGAGUGGAUACACUUUAUUUGUCAACAUUCUGUGUCACUCGUUGGAUGAGUCCAGCCAAAGGUAUCAACAAAGCAAAAAACAAUUCUUUUAAAAAUUCCGUGAAAUUAUUUGUUGAUAAUGGACUUCAGCAUUGGGAUGAAUUUGUCGCGAGCUGCCUCAUCGCACACAUUAGCUCAGUUACGCAGGAUGGGACUGAACUAGCCCCGAGGAUGUGGGAGAUUUCCUACAGUAGCUUGGUACCGCUUCCUUCAUCACUUUUUGCUGAGUUACUCCUAAGACCCUUCACACUGUGUAAGUAG